GGAGCAGUGGGGAACCCAAUCGGUUUUCGAGUUCCGUCAACGGUCACUUCCGCGCCUGCCGGAUGCCUAGUAACCAUUUCUUUGAAACUACAACUAGACAUGGGGGGCUUUAGCUUUUCCGUGUACGAAUGAAACUUCUAACACGCGUCAAAGGCAUUUGCGCUUGCCUGACAAACAUUUGGCUUUUCUUUGUUUCACCCAUUUGAUAGUGGACAGCCCUCACUGGCACCGCAUGCCUCGCAGCUUGUCGGGGGACCAACCAUUACCGUAGAUUUUCCAGUUCACACGUGUCGCGGCAGUGACUGCCUGAUACCACAACUGUUGCGGCUUCGCAUUGCUCGCUGCUUUGAUUCCUGUUUCUCACAACGCUUGCAAACUAGACGGGAGAAAGCGAGCGCCUCCACAGCUUAGGCUGAUCUACGGCGCAAAUCGUCGAUGAGUUAUAUUGAUUUUGUGGUGAGUUACUCCAUUGUUGAGAAAAACAAAAGAUCUCCCUAUCCGCAUUCGUGUCCACGUCCACGAAAUGUACACAGGAAAGUAUCUAGAGGCGACACAGUUCGUUUCCAACUUUCUGUUCCGAUAUGGAACCGUCGGGGGUUGUCGUCCAGGUGGACGGUAUUGCGGCACUCGAGACUGAGACAGAAGACGGGAGUAAACGCGAAAACAAAGGAAAUCUGCCUCUCAUAGAGACAGGAUUAAGCAUUCAUAAGGAUCUCCGAGAAGGAACAACGGUGAGAAGUAUAGAAAACGCCGAACACGAUGCGGCCGAGAAGCAAGGAGGGGCGUCUGCGGAAGAAACCCUUGGGAGGAAGACGAGGGCACUGGGUGGGAAGGGAAAAAUCACUUUUGCCGUAGACACGGCGAAAGAGUCGCCGAUCUCGACGGGCGAAAGCAACGUUCAUGAAAGGCGGAGCGCAAUUGCUGAAGCGAAAACGAGAAACACGACUGAAGAGGCGCUUUCCGGGCUACCAGCAUCGUAAGGAACUGUCGACACAAGCAACUGAAAAAACACGAGUUCCCAAAGCAGAAAUAUCAUAGAAAUCCCACUAGACAUCGUGCCGUUGAGAGCAUCACAUUGAUGGGGAACAUGAGCGAAAGUCGAACACACUCGCGACGUUUUUGACGUACAGAAACGUGAUAUAUUCAUGGGUACACGUUAGAGGUUACGACCAAGUGGAUACGUCGCCUCAAUUCGCAGGGCGGGAAGGAGAAACAUGUCGACCAAUAAAUAUAAAUAUUCCACUGCUAAUUCCAAUAUCGUUUAAUUGCGCGGACGAUUAACAGCGAGGGUUCAGAGUACUAAUUUAUC